AUGGAUCCAGAGAAGGACGUCAAGACCGACUCGGAAGUAUCGUCGGUUGUGGAGGCGACGCAGGUGCUUGAGAAGGACAUCACAGAGAUUGAUCUCGAUGAGAAGGUGGCAGACCAGCCUCAAAAGACAUCCCCUCAGCAGGCCGUGCAUCAGUCGCGCAAGCUCGAAUUCGACACAGGAGAGGAGCAUCUGAACUUUAGGCAUCAUUGGUGGCAGCUAUGGCUUCCCAAGGAUCCGCCACCCCCUGCGCCCAAGUCCUUGGCCGAUGCACAGGUCAUUCCCAUGGUUUAUGCGUCUAUCUUCUCGAUCUUGACCUAUACGUGGAUCAACCCGCUCAUGACGCUCGGCUACCAACGCACACUGCAAGCGACGGACCUGUGGAAGGUGGAUGAGUCUCGCGAGUCCGGCAACCUUGGGUCGCAGCUCGAUGCGGCAUGGGCGCGGCGCGUCAAGGAGGCAGACGAGUGGAACGCGCGCCUUGCGUCCGGUGAGAUCAAGCCAAGCACUUGGACGCGCGCGAAGUGGUUCCUGGCAUGCGCGGGCUUUGGUAGGCGGCGGGCAGAGCGGGAGCGGCAGUGGCGCGAAAAGGACGGGCGGAAGGAGGCGAGCCUCGCGUGGGCGUUGAAUGAUGUGUUUGGCUGGACGUUCUGGACGGGCGGCGCGUUCAAGGUCAUUGGCGAUACAUCGCAACUGAUGGGUCCUCUAAUCGUUCGCGCCAUCAUUAACUUCAGCGAUGCACGGGUCGCAGCGCAAGCACGCGGCGAGCCGCUGCCCCACAUUGGAAGAGGUGUCGGAAUGGCGAUUGGGAUAUUCUGUACGACCGUUACGGCAAGUGUAUGUCAACAUCAGUUCUUCUGGCGCUCCAUGACGACUGGCCUACUAGCUCGGGCGGCAUUGAUCAGCUCUAUCUACAAACGAGGGGUUUCUCUCACAGGCAGAGCUCGUACAAACCUCCCUAACGCGAAACUGGUCACGCAUAUAUCUACCGAUGUCAGUCGCGUGGAUGCCUGCGCACAGUGGUUUGUGAUAACGAUCUGUCUGAUAAUCCUACUAGUCGAGUUGGGCCCUUCUGCCCUAGCAGGAUUCUCGCUGUUCCUCCUGAUAAUUCCCGUACAAGAGCGCGUCAUGUCUUUCCAAUUCGGCAUCGGCAAGAAGACGCUCAAAUGGACGGACAAGCGGUCGAAGCUCAUCUUGGAGGUUCUUGGGGCUAUGCGCGUUGUGAAAUUCUUCUCCUAUGAAGCGCCAUUCCUGAAACGUAUCUACGGGAUGCGGGGUGCCGAACUAGAAGGCAUCAGGAAGAUCCAGUUCGCGCGUUCGGCCAACAUUGCCUCAGCGUACUCGGUCCCUGUUUUGGCUGCGACUUUGUCUUUUGUGACAUAUACGUCAACCAGCCACUCAUUCAACGUAGCGAUCAUCUUCUCGUCAUUAUCCCUAUUUAACCUUCUACGGCAACCUCUCAUGUUCCUUCCUCGUGCGCUCUCUGCCACCACCGACGCGCAGAAUGCAUUGGAGCGUUUGAAGGACCUCUUCCAUGCCGAAUUGAUGGAUGGCGAGCCGUUCGCCGUCAACCCAGUGCAGGAGCCUGCAUUGCUCGUCGAGGACGCGACUUUCGAAUGGGAGGAAAGCUUGGGUAACCGAGAGAUGAUUGAGAACGCCAAGGUCACGGAGAAGGCUGCUGCCAUAGCCCAAGCAGGGGCUCCCUUCCAGGUCCGUGACAUCAACAUGUCGGUUCCCAGAGGCUCCCUAGUGGCUGUCGUCGGGUCCGUAGGCAGUCUACUCCAAGGCCUGAUCGGAGAGAUGCGGAAGAUCCGUGGUAACGUUACGUUUGGAGGCAAGGUGGCUUACUGCUCGCAAACAGCUUGGAUACAAAAUGCUACGAUGCAAGAGAACAUCUUGUUCGGACAACCGUUUGAGGAGGAGAGAUAUUGGAAAGCUGUUGAGAACGCAUCACUGCUUCCUGAUCUUGAGGUUCUUCCGGAUGGCGAUUUGACAGAGAUCGGCGAGAAGGGCAUCAAUUUGAGUGGUGGCCAAAAGCAACGUGUGAACAUCGCAAGAGCAUUGUAUUAUAAUGCCGAUACCGUCAUCUUCGACGACCCUCUUUCUGCUGUUGAUGCGCAUGUGGGGAAGGCUCUUUUCGCCGAUGCCAUCCUGGGAGCCCUACGAUCGAACGGCAAAACAAUCAUACUUGUCACUCAUGCGCUGCAUUUCCUAUCGCAAUGUGAUUACAUCUACACGAUCAAGGAUGGGCGCAUUGAAGAACAAGGGACGUUCAACGAACUUAUCAGUAAUGAUCGUGUAUUUUCGCGUCUUAUCGGCGAAUUCGGUGGAACGGCAAGCAAGGAUGAAGACUCAGAGGCACCCCAGGGCCAGGAAAUACAAGCAGUCGAUGAGGACAAAAUCAAGGCUGAAUCGGCGAAGCGUGCUGUCGCAGGCACAGGAAAGUUGGAAGGCAGGCUGAUCGUGCCAGAAAAGAGAACGACGGGAUCCGUAAGCUGGAAAGUAUACGGAGACUACCUCAAAGCAGGAAGAGGAUACAUAACUUUCCCUACCCUCCUCAUCCUAAUCGUUUUCAUGCAAGGAUGUACGAUCAUGAACAGCUAUACUCUGAUUUGGUGGGAGGCAAAUCGCUGGGAUAGUCCAAAUUCGGUCUACCAGAUCAUGUAUGCUUGCUUGGGCAUUGGACAGGCCUUUUUUACAUUCGCCGUAGGUGCGACGAUGGACGUCAUGGGCUUCUUCGUCUCGCACAAUCUACAUCACCAGUCGAUACGGAACAUUUUCUAUGCCCCAAUGUCUUAUUUCGAUACGACACCAACAGGGCGCAUUCUCAGUAUCUUCGGAAAGGAUAUUGAAAAUAUCGAUAAUCAGUUACCUGUCAUUCUUACGAUCGCCAAUGUGAUUGGGAGCGUGACAAUUAUCACUGUGCUAGAGCAUUACUUUAUCAUCGCUGUCGUUGCAAUCGCUUGCGGGUAUAAUUACUUUGCUCUAUUCUAUCGUGCAAGUGCCAGAGAGCUGAAACGUAUCGAUUCGAUGCUACGAUCAAUCUUAUACGCGCAUUUCGCAGAAUCGCUGUCGGGCUUGCCGACAAUACGUAGUUAUGGAGAGAUCCAUCGUUUCCUCAAGGACAAUGAAUACUACGUUGACCUGGAAGAUCGCGCUGCAUUUUUGACGGUUACAAAUCAGAGUAGAUGGCUGGCUAUUCGCCUGGAUUUCAUGGGCGGUCUACUGAUAUUCAUAGUUGCAAUGCUAUCCGUGUCUGAUGUUUCUGGUAUCAAUCCGGCCCAGAUCGGUCUGGUCCUCACUUAUUCCACCGCACUCGUACAACUGUGUGGUAUGGUUACGAGACAGUCAGCUGAAGUUGAGAACUAUAUGAGCUCCGUAGAGCGCGUCCUCGAAUACAGCCGAGGCGACAGGAUAGAUCAGGAAGCACCGCACGAGAUCAAGGAUCACAAACCUGUUGCCGAAUGGCCCGACCGCGGCGCCAUAGAGUUCAACAAUGUCGUCAUGAGGUACAGGCCAGGGCUGCCUUUCGUCCUUAAGGGCCUGUCUUUGAGCAUCAAAGGCGGCGAGAAAAUUGGUGUCGUUGGAAGGACUGGUGCAGGGAAAUCCACCUUGAUGCUGGCUCUGUUCCGCAUCGUGGAACUAACAUCCGGGUCGAUUACCGUCGAUGGCAUCGAUAUUUCAAAGAUCGGCUUGAAGGACCUAAGGUCUAAGAUCUCUAUCAUACCUCAAGAUGUACGGACCAUCCGGUCAAAUUUGGACCCUUUUGACCAAUAUAACGACGCGCGCCUCUGGGACGCCCUGCGCCGCUCCUUCCUUGUAGAGUCAGCGAAAGGCGGCCUCGGCAACGACGGUAUAGAGACGCCCUCCGCUGGUGGCCGUUUCAACCUCGAGACCGUCAUCGAGCCUGAGGGCGCUAACCUGAGUGUCGGGGAGCGCAGCCUCCUCAGCCUGGCGCGUGCGCUAGUGAAGGACAGCCAAGUCGUUGGUGACGCCUCCGUCGACCUAGAGACAGAUGCAAAGAUUCAGCAGACAAUUCAGACCCAGUUCAGUCAUAAGACGCUACUCUGCAUCGCCCACCGUCUGCGCACCAUCAUCUCGUACGACCGUAUCCUGGUUCUCGACUCCGGGAACAUCGCUGAAUUCGACACGCCGCUGAACCUUUUCCACACCCCAGGCAGCAUUUUCCGCGGAAUGUGCGAGAGAAGCGGUAUCACGGCGGGGGAGAUCGAAAAGGCACUCCUCAGGUCGCAGGUCUUGUAGACACGACCCUCACUUCUUCACGUCGCAUAGAUACGGUAACCCGACUGCCUAUAGAGGUUCCCAUUUAGAACGGAGAGCCGGGGUGUUCCGCAAACGUAACUAGAAAUUCGAAAGUAAAUUUUGACGUUCGGCC